UCUAGGACUGGAGACCGCUUCACGUGUAGCUACAACGACAACGAGAGGUCUGUGCGAAUACAGUCCACCUACAAUCGUACGGAGCAACGAUGCACCUUUACGCAGACUGCAUUUGGCGUUCGGCGAGGAGCACGGUGAAGCGAGCGCGCAGCACGCACUGCUGAGAUGAUGAUGAUGGAAGCUAUGAGAGGUUACGAGGAGAAAGGGUCAGCGGUAAGCUCGAGCUCGAAGAGCACACGUUAUGCUGAGAGCUGCCAAAUGGAUGCUGUUGGGAAAUGACGGGGUUUGAGCUCCAGAGCUGUGUGUGUAGGAAUACUGUGGAGCGUUGAGGACUGUUCCCCAAUGGAAUGCAGAAAAGACAGCGCAACUGCCGCAGUGAAUGAAGUUGGCUGGUUGAUCCAUUCAUUAACGCAUGAUACUAACAGUAUACUUAACCAAAAGAGAUAACAACAUGCAUCAAAAGAGAGAAGAUCUGUAAACAAACUCUUAUUCAUGUGAACAUCCGCGAAGUGCGUUUUCGUCGGCGGGGGAGAUUUCAGCACAAAAGGCGCACGCUCGUAACUCACGAUAUUGUUUUGAUCUGUUGAGCAGUUUUCCAAGUGUCUCCGUGAUCCCUGGUGUUCGUCAGCGGUCCUGAUCGGCGCGGGAUGGUGGAAACGCUGAGCAUCGCCGUCAUCGGAGCGCCUGGAGUCGGGAAAACUUCCAUCAUCCGUCAGUUUAUUUACAAUGACUUCUCCGAGACUUACACCCCCACCCAAACGCGAUACGUGUACAGACCCUCGGUCAUUCUUAACGGUGUCAUGUACGACCUGAAGAUUUUGGAUGUCCCGCCAAUUUCCUCCUUUCCUUCAAGCCCGAGUCAGGAGUGGCUGGAUGCACGGUGUAGAGGGGUCCGCAGCGCAAACGCCUACAUUCUGGUCUAUGACAUCUGCUGUGUGGAGAGCUUUGAGUAUGUCAAGAUGAUCCGACAGCAAAUUGUGGAUAACAGAGUGGGCAGCAGUAGUGAGGUGCCCAUCCUGGUGGUGGGCAGUAAGCGGGACCUUCAGCGGCAUCGGUUCACCCAGCGCAGGGCCGUGUCUGUCCUGGUGAAGAAAACCUGGAAGUGUGGCUAUGUUGAGUGCUCGGCUAAGUACAACUGGCAUGUGCUUCUGCUCUUUAAAGAGCUCCUGGGAAUAGCCGUGGCACGGGGACUGCGUCCGAACCACACCUCUAUCCGACUCCAAGGGGCAUUGCAGAGGAACCGCUGUAAUGUCAUGUGAGAGAUAUGUAGCCUUUUUUGAAUUUAUGCUUAUUUAGGACCAGUUUGUUUUAUCAGUGUCUUAAUUAUCUGAUUUGAACUGGUCCUAUGUCAGUACUGAACGACAGCUUUGCUGUACCACAAGGAUGGAGCUUUGGAGACAAACUGUUAAUCAAAAUGGCUGGAAUAUUACCACCUAGGGGCCUCUGUAACUGAUGCAUUCAUCUGAUGGAUUACCUUAGGUACUUCUGAUUUCACUUCUCCAGUGUACUCUAACAAACAGGAAAAAUGGAAGCAGAUAAGGAUUUUUUUUUCAUCUUACAAUGGUCUGUCAGGGUCGGAGUAAGAUAUUGCAUCUGACUCAAACAGUGUAUAAUUUGUUUCCCCUUCUUGCGCAGAUUUAAAUUCAGAUGCUGUGGGUGCAAGUGUGACAGUUUUCAACUGUUGCUUGGAAACAGCUAUUAUAUGAAGGAUGUACUUAUUGUUUAGAGACAAUGAUGAGUGAACGUUUGUUAACCUUUUGGAAUUAUCUGUAGUGCUCGUCAAAUUUGACCUAAAAUAUGAGCUGAUUUUUCCCUAUGUUAUAUUAUCAAUUCAAAAAGAAACAACAACGAAGCCACAGUUUUUCUGCACUUUGACAGAAUCACUGACUUUAAAAUAAUCCCUGUCAUGUUACUCAUUGGCCAGUUUCCUUUUUGCAAAACUGCUUCAGGACAUUAAAGGGGUCAUAUGAUUCUGAUAAAAAGAACAUUAUUUUGUGAAUUUGGUGUAUGAAUGUGUUUAUGCGGUUUAAGGUAAAAAAAAAACAUUAUUUUCCAUAUAAUGCACAUUAUUGUCGAUUUUUACAAGGCUCAUUAGUCUGAAAAGCAAGUUGUGCUCUGAUUGGCCAGCUAUCAAGUGCGUUGUGAUUGGCCUAAUGAUUCAAGCGUGUGACGGAAAUGUUACGUCCCUUAACAUAUGCGGUCUCCCAGGCCUGCAGCACGAGACUCGGUCCAGCUGCUCUGCUCGUGCACGUCCCAUCAUCGGUUCUCUUUUAGCAGUUCAGUCAGUGCACUGUUUGGAGUAACUGAAUAACUUGGGAUACUGGUUUAUUUAAGGCAUGUUUAUAAACCAAAUAACAAGUAAUCCAAUUUUGUGGAUUAGUGCGUACUGGAGAUGCAAACCAUUUCAAACGAUUCAGUUCGAUUUGGUGAACUUGUUCGACCAGUUCACUAAGAAGAUCCGGUUAAAUAGAAAGAUUCAUUUGCGAUUCGGACAUCACUAGACAAGAUAAAACCAAUAACAAGGCAUUUGUUGCAUCCAGUGGGAACAUAAUUACUGAUUAUAAUGACUACAACGUUUGAAUUGCCCCACUUUAUAGAAGCAGGCUUUGUGCCACAGACGCAAUGCAGGCUACUGGUUCAGGAAACAAUCCUCACCCUCUAUAAAAUGUGCUGCACACAUCUGAAUAUUUGGGUUGGACUGUUCUGGGACAGUGUUGAAACACAUCUUAACCACUGAUUUCUAGUCGUGUCUUCUUUUGGAAGGCCAAACAAAUAGUUUCGCUUUCACAACGUAACAUACAGCGACUCUAUGACAUGGCAGCGGCAGCAACAUAGAGAAUAAAAUGUACGUCUUUGCGUCAACAUAUGGGCAGCGUUAUGCAAAUCAUCCUAUUUGCAUAACGCAAAUCUUUUUUUUUUUUUUUUAAUUCCUUUUAUUAAGAAUAUCUCUUUGGAUUUGAGAUCUUUGCAACUUUACAGAUCUUAUUUAUACACCAAGAGCUUGUAACACCCCAAAGAGAAAGGAAAAAUUGCAAUCGCAUCAUAUGACCCCUUUAAUAUUGAAGGAGCAGCAAGCUUCAAAUCCUGCCACAACAUUUCAUUUCAUAAACCUUAUUAGCCAUAUGCUGCAGCUCACAGACAGAAACCUCACCAUUCUCCAGUUCCAUUGGUAGUAAUUCAAUGGGCCACUUUACACAGACCCUGUAAAAGUGUAAAUAAUAUUCCUACAAUGUGGUUUGAACAGCUUUUUUAAUAACAAAAGGGUUUUGUCCAUAAUGGCUAAAGGGGGUCGCACACUGGAAAAGAAGCGCUAUGCUGUUUCUAUAAAAUUUAAACAUAUGGUUUUCUAUGAGUAUACAGUACACACACCAGCAGUGCUAGCUACGAAUGAGAUUAUGUAUGAUGGAAGACUUUUGUGCAUUUUUUAGCAAAUGUUUAUCUUUCUGUGAGUUUGAUAGUCUGUAUGCUUCAUAUAGAGACAUAUAAUGCCCUUUAUCUUUCAAUUUGCUUCCUUUCCUUUUUUUUAAGAACAAAACUUUAAACUCAAGGAUGCCACAUUGUUGACCACCAAUCUUGAAGUGAAUUUUUGCCUCUUUGGUGAUUAGGUUGAGUAUUUACCAAUGAGUUGUCCUAGAUGCAAUGUGCACUGCGCUCCUGUUCUGCUGUGCGACUGCCUUAAGAAAUGUAGGAAAUUUUACCUUAAAAUAGGCACCAGCAUUCAUAGUGAUGAGCCAUCCUUCCAUAUAGUACACCUCUCCAGUUCACAGAUUUAUUCCAUGGUGGAUGUAUGAACAAGGAUACCUGGAGAUCCUUAACUGUUAUCUUGGACAUCAUUAAAUCAUGCUGACAUAUUUCAUUUCAAACUUCUUAGCACAUUUGCCAAGAUAGGUGUAUCCCAGCAUGCAUACUAUAUAUAAAUGCAUUUGCAAUCGUCUCACCAUAUGCCAUCCCCAAUCAAGUAAAUUUCCAAACAUCCUACCUCCUAAAUAUAGAUCACUGAAGAAAUGAGGCACAUAAAUAAUGUCUUCCUUUGGCAGGAUAGUGAGGUGUUGUAUAGAUUUCAGCAAGCAUGUACUAUCAGUAGCACUCUAGAAGCUGUGUGAAGUGAUGAUAAAGGAAACAAGUCCUCUGGGGCUUCCCUAAACCUGAAGAUUUCUGCUGAACCAGGAUGCAGAGGAGGCUUACAUCCUUUACUGCAGUGGACUGCAGUCAGUAUGGAAGUGGAUGACAGCGCAAUUCACAUCCUCUCUGGAGUAUUUCUGAAUACAGAAUACAUUAAAGUUAAAGUGCUCUAGUGUCUGCAGUGAGAUUAGGGUUGAUCGGGCCUACUGUUUUUUCUCUGCUAACGUACAGAAGAGGUAGACGUUAGGCCCAAGCUUCAAAUUAACUAAUAGAGAACAUGCUGUAGAAGUGCUGAUAGUCAACACGAUUGAUUGGCUGGCUGUGCGGAAGUCUUGAUUCACAGCUAGAGCUGUCGCACUGCUACACCUAUUCUGUCACCUACUCUGGUCCAAUGUAAUAAACUGUGGAGCAUUGGCACACUGGUGGAAAUUCGUUAGACGGAAAAAAUUGAUGGUCCCAGCCCAAAUGCUUUCCCAUGACAGAAAAAGGUCAUAAGGCAUACUAUUCUCAGAGUGUGCAAUGGAGAAAAUUCAACCUCCUUCCUCACAAAUGCAACUCUGACAGCCAUCUAUGCACUUGUACACAUAUUACAUGACUCAAAAGAGCUAAGAACUUCUGUCAGCAGAUGGAAACAUAAAUAAGUUAGCAACUUGGGUCAUCCUUCAGACUUUUUUUAUCAUAAAUAAUCUGUUUUCUGUUUAAUGGGGCUGCAUGCUUUAAUUGGCAAAACCAGAAUCAUUCAGGGGUAAAUUGCACUGAUGUACCUACAUGAGUGAGGACAAGAAGAUCUUUGUAACAGUACUUGAGCAUUGAUUUUGUCUUUUUGUAUAAUGUUAAUGCAAAAUAAGCUUAGCAUGUAGUUUAAAUGUAAGUGAUGGAAAAAAAGUCAGGGUUGUCUUGUAAAACAGCAGAGAGGGGCUCAUACAUUUGCAUGCCACACAGUGUUGUGCUAUGGUUGUGGACUGAGGACUAGACAAUGUAGCAGAUGUCAUGUUCUUGUGGAAUAUGUCCUGUGCCAGUAAUGUUAAAGGCUUUAGACUAAACAUUCAGACUUGCUGAAUAUGGAUUGUCUUGGUAGGACUGUCUGUUUUUUGUUUUUGUUUUUUUAUUAUAAUUUUUUUAGAUUUUAAAGGGCUACCUGCUUUUUUUGUAAAAUAGAAACAGAUGUUUGUUUUCUUUUUAGUAGUUGUAAUGUUUCAUCAAUGAAAAAUGAAUAAACCCUUU